GUUGCAAUGUGAAGAGGUAACUCCCUCUGUGUGUGUGUAAGAGCAGAGCUGGAAGGUGCAUUUGUGAAGCUCCUGUUUUCUGAUCACCGCGGCUCCCGUAACCUGCUGCUCCUGCGAGAGAGGGAGACCAGUCCUGGGCGAGUUGACAGUAACAUUGACUGCUCCCAGCCCCCAAACCCAGUUUCUCGCUUUCUGGAUCUGGAUUAAGCAAAGUCAACGAUAUACAUAGUACAUUUCGCACUCAUAAAAAGCUUCACCGCAAGAACCUCUAUUAUGGUGUCGGUAGUAACAGACCAGGCAUUUGUGACUCUUGCUACCAAUGAUGAUUAUUGUCGGGGUGCUCUGGUACUCUGCCAAUCUCUGAGGCAUCACAAGACGACGAGACGAAUAGUUGCUCUACAUACACCACAGGUCUCCAGUAAUAUGAGGCGUGUCCUUGAGCGUCUAUUUGAUGAGAUCAUAGAAGUUAAUGUGCUGGACAGCGGUGACUCUGCCCACUUGGCCCUGUUGACAAGACCGGAACUUGGCAUAACAUUUACCAAAAUACACUGCUGGUGCCUCACUCAGUAUUCCAAGUGUGUGUUCAUGGAUGCAGAUACUUUGGUGUGUAGUAACAUCGAUGACCUCUUUGAAAGGGAGGAGCUCUCUGCUGCCCCAGAUCCUGGCUGGCCAGACUGCUUCAAUACUGGAGUGUUUGUAUACAGGCCUUCCCUCGAAACCUACAAUCAGUUACUCAAGUUUGCCACUGAGAAAGGUAGCUUUGACGGAGGAGAUCAAGGCUUGUUGAAUAGUUUCUUCAGUGACUGGUCUACAACAGAUAUCCACAAACAUCUACCGUUCAUCUACAACCUCAGUGCCAUUGCCAUAUACAGCUACCUCCCAGCCUUCAUGCACUUUGGUUCCAGCGUGAAAGUGUUUCAUUUCCUGGGCCCAACCAAGCCUUGGCAUCUCAAGUACGACGCUCAGACCAAGUGUGUUAUCCAGGAGAACCUGGCUCCCUCAGACUCGCAGUUUAUAGACUUUCUGAAUUUGUGGUGGGACAUCUACACCACCUGCAUUUUGCCGUUGCUGGUAGAACAUGAAGUUGCAGACAAAAAGACGAUCGAAUACCAGAUGCCUCAAGCAGGAGAUCUCCAAGUUAGCAUGAGACGUCAGGAAGAAGCUGUUGCACAUGAGAAACCCAUCAAGGCUUCCAAAAUUCUGGAGACGCAGGACCAUUUGCAAAGCGCUGAGCUAGUAACUUGGCAACGACAUGGAUAUUUCUAUAUACCUCCAUCUGCGCCAGUUGCACCACCUAUUCCAAAAGUAGUUAUUCAGCUGCCAGAUUUGGGUCCACCUGUUGAACUGCGUGAAGCCAAACAUGUAAGAUUUGUGAAUCUGCCAAAUGCCAAUGAACUGCAUACGUCUGCGAAGAUGAAGAGAAAUGUGCUGUUGCCUGACCCAUUGGCAGCUAAAAAAAAAAGAGAAAAGAUAACCGCUGGCCAUUCCAUGUUAACCAAACAUCACUAUUUUGCAUAUAUACCUAAUGACAAUGUAAAAGAACCGAAUGUGCCGUUACUUGCUGAACCCCUUACGACGUCUUUGGAGAUGGUACAUGAAACUGAAAUUAUACCUCCUGUCACACCUGAGCCAAGUAAACCACCCCCCCACCAGGAAGAUGUAGCAGCCUCUCUCGCAGACCUGUCCUUGGAGGGGGAGCCAACCCAGUCCGUGCAAACGGAGGAAAGACGGAGGUGGGAAGAAGGCAAUGUGGAUUAUCUGGGAAGGGAUGCUUUUGUAAACAUUCAGAGAAAGUUGGACCGAUUCCUGAAGUAGUGCGUUGGCUGUUGAUCAUGCGCUGUUGGGCUGAAACACUUUUGCUUUAUGUAUGAAAUAAGGAUGGCAGCUCAAUCCUGAAGCAAAGAAACAAAUUGACUGUCCAUUUAAAAUUGCAUUGUAUAUAGAUUUUGGGUUUUGGAUGAACGUGUAUUUUUUUUACAUUGUUUCGUGCUAUUAAAAAGCAUUUACUGAUUA